GUCAUUGAUGGACAUUGUUCGUUGAUGGGGUGCAUAUCUUCGAAGCGGACGGGGUCCAGAACCCCAUCUGCUGUCGAUGAUUUAGAGGGGGAAAUUCGGGUUAAGAGGUCAUUGAGUCGACGUCCUGUGGGUCCCGCCAUCGCUACAACAAGCGGAAGCGGGACCCACCAAGUAUUUGGUGAGACACAAACACAAUUGUUGCCCUUUAAAAAAUCAUCAACUAAUAAUAAUAGAGAGGAUGAAUUAUUUGGAUCAGGAGAAGAGGAUGGAAAGAAGUUGAAGGGAUCGAAGAGCAAAGGCUCUAACUCGAAUUUCUCGUUGAGCUUACGAUUCGGAUCGUCGAAGAGUCAGGUUGUCGCUGAGCAAACCGCCGCUGGUUGGCCUGCAUGGCUUACGGCUGUUGCUGGUGAAGCCAUUCAUGGGUGGGUGCCUCUACGUGCUGAUGGUUUUGAGAAAUUAGAUAAGAUUGGACAAGGUACAUAUAGUAGUGUGUUCAAAGCACGUGAACAUGCUACGGGUAGAUUUGUGGCUUUAAAGAAGGUGAGAUUUGACAAUUAUCACCCAGAAAGUGUUCGAUUUAUGGCAAGAGAAAUUACAAUUCUUCGAAAGCUUGAUCAUCCAAAUAUAAUCAAGUUACAUGGUUUAAUUACCUCUAAGGUGUCUUGUAGUAUUUACCUUGUAUUCGAAUACAUGGAACAUGAUCUUUCUGGCUUGCUCUCUUGCCCUGAAGUCUCGUUUACUGAGCCUCAGAUAAAGUGCUUCAUGCAACAAAUAUUUUAUGGGUUAGACUAUUGCCAUGGAAAAGGAGUAAUGCAUCGAGACAUAAAGACCUCAAAUAUAUUGCUAAAUAAUGAUGGGAUUUUGAAAUUGGCUGAUUUUGGGUUGGCAAACUUCCUAAUGAGCACAAAGUACAAGCAGCCUAAGCUUCUUACCAGUCGUGUAGUCACAUUAUGGUAUCGCCCGCCUGAAUUGUUACUCGGAUCUACUAAUUAUGGACCUUAUGUAGACAUGUGGAGUGCGGGUUGUGUUUUUGCUGAACUGCUCGUUGGCAAGCCUAUUCUUAAGGGUAAAACUGAGGUUGAACAAUUGCAUAAAAUCUUCAAACUUUCCGGGUCACCACCAGAUGAGUAUUGGAACAAAUCUAAGUUACCUCAUGCAUCUAGGUUUAAACCUCAAAUUCCAUACGAAAGUUCACUUCGAGAAAGGCUAAAAACUUUCCCUGAACCUGCUAUCAAUCUAUUAGAGGCUCUCUUAUCGGUUGAUCCUACGAAUCGUGGAAGCGCGGCCUCUGCCUUAAACUCUAAGUAUUUCAAUACAAUGCCUUAUGCAUGUGACCCGUCAAGCUUGCCAAAGUAUCCUCCUAGCAAGGAGAUUGAUGCCAAAUCUCGUGAAGAAUCAAAAAGGAAAAAGACUGGUAGAAAUCAAGAUACCACGACAUCAUCAUCAAGAAUGCAUAGACGAGGUCGAAAAGGAUUGCCAGAGCAAAGCAGCAUUAGCAUGUUAGGACGACCUGGACAACAGGAUGCUCAGGUGAAUAGAAAAUACGCGCGUAGAAACGGGACAAAUGCACUUGUUACUCAAAUAAGAAAGGGUGAUAAUGAGGCAUCAAUGGAUAUGAAAUCAGAUGUUUCUCAGGUAACAAAUGCAUCACAAGGGGAUAUGAUGUUUGGAGGCAAAUACAAUGGAAAGGCAACAACAUUAGCAUUACCACCAAAAAGAAGAUUGGCUAAUAAUGAUGCUGCAAAUUCUACUUCCAAAAAUCAAAGUAGUGACCCAUCUAGCGUAUUGUUUUCAAAUAAAAUGUUAGACCUACAACAUGAAGAAUACGAAGAUGUCCAAGGUUCAACCAAGAUGUGAAAGUGGUACGAACAGGUAUAUAAUUAUGAAGACUCUGUAUAAAGAACAUCUAAUGAAGGCAUAGGAUUGUCACAACUCUCAAGCCAUUUCCCCUUUAGUGGCAAUGAAGAGAUAAGGCAAAGUGGGACAGUAGCAUCCAUUUAAGAGGAGAUGAUGGGACUAUAUUGAUUCAAGCCAUACAUUAGCCUCAUAAGUUUUUAUACAAUAUUCUUCGUUUAAAUUGAAUUUGCGACAAAGUGGCCAAUUCUUUUGAAGAGUUUAGUGAGAUUUUUUGGUUUAUUGAUAUUUUUUUUUCCUUUAGUUUUUACAAAUUGUAAAUUGAGAAAACUAAAAGGAAAAUACUACAAAAAUGUGUAUAAAUUUUUCGUUUGAGAGCCUAUUGUUCCAUUAUACCUCAU